UGUGACGGUGACGCUGACUGUCCCGACGGUUCGGACGAGGAUGGUGACAUAUGCAAAGAAGGCUUUAAUUGCCCGCCUGAGAAGUUUGCUUGCAAGAUUCGUGAUAAAUUUGUGUGCGUUCCCACAGUCAGGAAGUGCAACGGUGAUAUCGAUUGUGAUGACGCCAUCGACGAGAAGAACUGCACCCAACCGAGAUAUGCUCAGACAAUGAGUUCAGAUGCAUGGACAGAACCCAAUGCAUACGUGUAGCGUUGCGGUGCGAUGGAAAACGCGAUUGCAAAGAUGGGACAGACGAAGAUGCAGUGGCGUGUUUAAACAAAACGUCCUGCCCUUCUGGACAAUUCACUUGCAGAAGCACCCUCGAGGGCUCGGCGACGUGCUUGCCCAGGACCUUCCUAUGCGAUGGUUUCAAGCACUGCGUCGACGGCUCUGAUGAAGACUGUUGCGAAAGCAGGAUCUGCGAUCCAGGAGAGUUUCGUUGUGACGGAGGACAAUGCAUUUCCCAGCACAGCACAUGCGACGACAAGCGCGACUGUCAAGAUGGAUCGGACGAAAACUUGAUGCUAUGUCUCGCGUACAAGUCAAUCUGUCCUUCGCCGCAGAUGCCCUGCAAUUCACUGAACGGUAGCCUCAUCUGCGUCGACGAAUCUCGAAAGUGCGACGGUCAUGUAGACUGCAAGAAUGGCAUCGACGAGAGAUUUGACUGCGCAGCGUUGGCCUUCAAUUGUCGGGGAAGCUUCUUCCGCUGUGAUAAUCGAAGGUGCGUGCCGAAUGGCUGGAGGUGUGACGGUGAUGAUGACUGUUUCGACGGAAGUGACGAAAAAGGCUGUGCUGACAACGACGACGAACGUCUCGUGAAUUGCCCAGUGACCGAAUUUGCGUGCUCCUCGGGUACGGCUUGCGUUGCGCUCAACUUACGUUGUGACCACCGUACCGACUGUCCCGAUGGAUCCGACGAGAUUGACUGCCCUACCGAUUUAUUCAAUUUCUUGUGAGGCCACGUGUGUUCCAAGGCUGGGCUACAGAGUUUGUGCGCUUUUCUACGAGGCUUCGCUUUUGUGUGUGCGUGUGUGUGCAUCCCAAUUAGAAAAGCUGAGCAGUGAAGCUGUUAGUGCAGUUCUCACUUCCCCCUGGAGUCUUGUUCACCUCAAUGAAGCUUCACUAUUUUCGUAUCUGGUUUUGUACUGUCCGAUCGGCUCAUCAUUCUACUCUAGGACAGCAACGAGCUUUCAGCUGCCUAGGCAGGGCACUGCUCCUGGUUUGGUAACUCCAAAGGUAUAUUAUCAAUUGCAGGACAGUACUAUCGAGUAUUGCAGUACUUACGUAAUCUUUUCACGUAAAUUGAAUCGUGAAUGCGGCUUAAUGCUAUGCCAGAAGUGUCUGACCUACAAUCAAAAAUACCUACGGACUCACAGAGGGCGUGUUUGAAUUGCCAAAGGGGUAGGAUAGGCGCAAAGGCGUACAAAAGUGACUAUAGAGCGAAUAAAAGCUUCGGAAUUGAAUACACCCAUACCAUAAUCUGAGUUCUUGCGGCAAAAACUGUAGCAUGAAUGAGAAACUAGGGAAGCCAAGGUGAAUUGCGAGGAAUUGUUGCAAAUUAGUUUCUGGUGGCUAUAAGAACAUCUUUAUCCAUUUCAUUAACUUUGUUACUCUGAGUCUUGGAUGUGCUCUGAGCUUUCCGUUGCGUGUCUUAUCUUUUAUAAUUUCUAUGUUAAUAUUCUAUCUUUGUGAUCAAUAAACCAUUCCAAU